AAUUGAAGUAAUGCCUCCACACCGUGGUUGAAUCUACAAACUACAUCUUGAGGACUUUGAGGUCUUUUUCGUUUUCAACCAGUAGGGGGCGAUAGCAAAAUAAUCGCACAUCCCGCGAGCUUUGCAGUUCUCGUUGUUUGUUUACAACCGGAGUACUUCCUGCUUGCUAACAGCUUUGUCCACAGUUAGCUAACUGGGUUACUGUUUUCACCCAAAGUCCGUUUCCAAGAUGGGAUGUGAUGGAGGAACGAUUCCCAAAAGACACGAGUUGGUGAAAGGACCAAAAAAAGUCGAGAAGGUUGAUAAAAAUGCGGAGUUGGCUGCCAGAUGGAAAUACUGUGCCUUGAGCCAGGAGAGACUCAAACGCCCCAUUGUUUCCUGUGACCUGGGAAGGCUCUACAACAAAGAUGCUGUCAUUGAAUACCUUCUGGACAAGACUGCUGAGAGACCAAAUGCUGAGGCAGUAACCCAUAUCCGUGGGAUUAAGGAUAUCAAGGAACUGAACUUGACUGAUAAUCCAGAGUGGGAGGGAGAGAGAAGAAACACCAAAGGGGACAGAUAUGAGGACAUCAACUGUGGCAUGUUCAUUUGCCCGGUUGUUGGGCUGGAGAUGAACGGCAAGCAUAGGUUUUGUUACCUGCAGACCUGUGGCUGCGUCUUUUCUGACAGAGCCAUGAAGGAGGUGAAGACGGAAAUCUGCCACAAGUGCGGGGACCCAUUUAAAGAUGAGGACGUUGUGGGGCUCAACGGCACAAAGGAGGAGGUGGAGAAGCUGAAGGAGAAGAUGGAGGAGAGGAGGAGCAAAGCCAAAACUAAGAAAUCAAAGAAGAGCAAAGCAGCUGAAAGUGUGACCACACCAUCAGAAUCUAAAGGUGACACACCAUCUCCCCCGGUGGAUGUAGCAGCAGGAAGCUCACUGCAAAAUGGAGAUGAAAGCAGCCAAUCAGCUGUUGACGGACCCUCGGGAUCCUCCAGCGCCUCUAAAGGCUCCAAACUUUCUUCAUCCUCCUCCUCAAAGAGGUCCAUCCAGAAAAGUGAGGAGAAGUCAGAGGUCUUCAAAUCCCUGUUCACCACCCACAGCUCCGCCAAGCGUACCAAAGACCAGACAUCAAACUGGGUCACUCACACCCCCUAUCACUUCUAGUAUCCAUCACUCAGAGCUAAUAUCUACAUAAUUAGAGUCCCAUUAAAGAACCCUCCAAAACCCAUAAAUACACACCCGACGAACACAAACUAACACACACUCAUGAAUGAUCUCCAUGAACUCUUACAAUGUUACAAUAUGUGGGUCCUGUCCCACUCUGCCUCUCUUGUCCCCGGUACUCAAGUGUUUACAUGUUGUGAACAUUUUGUUAAUAGCUCCCUGAGUUGCUCAGACUCUGUGUUAUGCAACCUUCUCCCCCCCUGUGUAUUCUGCAGCAUCACCGUGUCCUCAGUGACAGGUGCUUUGAGAAUUAAUGCUAGGAUGACUUUAUUUUCUCUGUCACUCUGCUGUCUCCUAGUGGACAGAGUGCAGCUUUGUAAAGGGAUUUCUACAUGCUUCAAACUUGUUUCAUCUUGACUUGACAGUUCAGUGACAGUUAAAACACAAAAAGCUGUAUUAUUGUUAACAGGCACAUAUAUAUGUAAUCAUCAUCUAUGAAUAUGCUUGUAGUUUAUAGAUUUUUUCCUAGUUAUAUCCAACAUUAGUACAAACUUAGCCAAGGGGAACAUUUUUUAACAUUAUCAACUUAACAUUAUUAUUAUUUAACAUUAUCUGAGGAUUUUAACGUAAUUUGGGUUGACUGUAUCUUCAAGUGAGUUUGAAACUUAAUUAAAAAAAACAUAAAAAACAGUUGAACAUAUGUUGCUUAAGUGCUGUAUUGAAGCUUCUGAUGCCCGGAGACAAAAAGACAAACAAUAGCUGUGUUGUAACAAUACACAAGGAAGCAUACCUCAGCUCUUUGUUCUUCCUCAUUCUUGAGAAUCUUCAUUAUUUUCCAAACUGUCCAUGUUCUCACCCCUGAUUUUUUUUUUACCCUAAAGAUAAAAUAUGUUGAGUUGGCUUCCUGUUUGAUAGUAAAAUGUAGUGUAAUUGAGUGAUCACAGAUUCUACUCAAUAUCUUCAGAGUUGUUUUUAAAGGAGAUUAAAAUGUGCUUUUCUUUUUUUGCAACAAGUCAGACAUUUUUUUUGUUUUCUGUUUUCGGCAUGUGACAGGAAAAGUCUAAAAUAAAUCUCUGUUGAGUCCUAUUAAAUUGA